CGAGCCAAAACCUUUUAUAAUAAAAAUGCUUAUUUAUAUUUAGUUUGUAGCCAUUUUGCUAGGUAUAAACUGCUCUUUCCUUUGCUAUUUUAUAAUUAUUUUUCAAAACUCCAAAGUUCUUAUCAGUUUGAAUUCCGCCAUAAUCGAAAUCGUAAGCGGGAACGCAGCUGAACUUUGUAGCGCAGUAUUUUUGCAGUAUAUUUAUAAGGCUGGGGGAUUUUUACCCUGACCACUUGUGGCCAUACUACUACCAUAAGGAAUUAAUAAAAACAUUGCCCAGCGAAAACGCCCCGAAAAGCAAUGAUUGUAAAGGCAAUUAGAUAGUUCUAAAACGCAUUCGAAAUGAGCAAACACAUCUGCACCCGCUGGGCCUUUGACCUGGGCAGCUGGAAGCCCACGCUUCCUCAGCUGAGUCAGGCGGUGGCCUCAAUUCAGCCCGAGGAACGCGUGCGCCUCAUGAAGUUCCACUUCAUCGACGACUUUCUGUCCUCGCUAAUUGGCCGGCUGCUGAUGCGGAAAUAUGUGAGCACAUGCAGCGGAUUGCCGUACCACCAAGUGCAGUUCGCCCGGGAUGUGCGCGGCAAGCCGUACUGGGUGAGGGACGAUUUCGAUGGGCCUCCCCUCAGCUUCAAUGUCUCUCACCAGGAAGGCCUAGUUGUCCUGGCGGGGGUGACGGGAGAAGCCAGUGAUCCCGACUUUGGCAUCGGCACAGAUGUCAUGAAGAUCGAGUACAGUGGCGGCAAGGCCCUGUCGGAAUUCUUUCGCCUGAUGAAGCGCAAGUUCUCGGCCCAGGAAUGGAGCUACAUUGGCAGACCGCAGCACGAUGAGCGGCAACAGGUCAAGGCCUUCAUGCGACACUGGUGCCUGAAGGAGGCCUACGUCAAGGAGCUGGGCGUUGGCAUCACUGUGGAUCUGGAGAAGAUCAGCUUUUCCGUGGACACCAGUCAUCAGCUAACCUCGGAGGUGUCCCCCCUGACGGGAUGCAGCCUGCGCUGCCAUGAUCAACCCAUGGAGAACUGGCAUUUUGAGGAGCAUUUACUGCAGGAGGAGAAGUACUGCGCAGCCAUUGCAUUCCGGAAUUGCUUGCCACAGACGCGUGGAAGGUUCCAGUUCCUGGGAGUGGAGCAACUUCUGGUCAAGAGUCCCGAAUCGGAGCAGGACGAUGUGAUCAGCUACUGCCAAAAGGCUCUGCUGAAGCCCUACAAGCGAUCAUAAAGAACUAAAGCCUGCAAAAGUAGAUCCUAAAAUAGAGUUGUUAUCCCUAGAAUAAACAAGCUUUUAUAUUUUUUCAUUA